AUGGCGAUGGCGGAGAUCUACGCGCUGCUGGAGGCGAUCUUUGUGUGGGCGGGGACCUUCGACACGCUGGAGACGCUGGAGGUGACGUGGCUCUUGGACGCGAUCUGGAAUGCCGAGGAGAGGGAUGGCCACGACAAGAUCCUCUCCCUCAUCCACUCUGGCUCUGUCCUUUCAGAACUGGCCAACAUACUGAUGGGCACUGGCACCACGGGCGUUGAACUGGGUGCUGUCCUCACCACUCCGAGGCCCAGAGCUAGGCAGUUUAACGUGACAAGGUUGAGGGACCAGUUCUUUGAAACAGCCUCCAGGUUCCAGUAUGUUUCUGUCCCAGCCACGGCGUACGUUUUCGACACUGUCAUCUCGGAGAUGGCCGAGGAUACGCGUGAGACUACUUUGGAGAAGCUGGCCGAGUGUUGCACGAGCGAGUCCGCAUUCGAUGCCUUGUACAACGUUGUGCUUUCCCUCUCGUGCACGUGA